GGAGGGCGACAUCAGAGCGGGGCUUGGUGCUGCAGCCGCUCGACAGGUCGAUCUGAAACCUGCAGAGAGGAUGCACACCGAAGUUGGUUUAUUAACCGGGCAAAGAGGGCAAGAGUGCAAGGGCUUCAAAAUUCUAUUUAAGUCACAUGGUUGGGCUGUUUGCACCUAUUAAAUAUCAUAUCAGCAAAGGCAGGUCCUUGUAUAGAGGCCCUGUGUCAAAGUCUUAGUCUAGUUUGUUUAGUUUUAUCAAAAUUUCUACAUAUCAGCUACAACUACUGUUACAAAAGGGAAAAUUAACUUUUAAUUUCAAAUAUAUCAUUUCAGUUUAUGCUGACAUGGUGCAUAAAUGGGGUUGUUUUUAAUCACUCUACAGCAGAUGACUGGGUUUUUUGCUUUUGUUUUUGUUUGUUUUUUUUUUUAUUUUUUGGCCUUUAUUUUAUAGGAAAUGUAUAGCAUGACAGAGGGGAGAGAGGAAACGACAUGCAACAAAGGGUCGUGGGAUGGAGCCACACCCGCGGCUGCUGCAGCAAGGUCACAGCCCCCGCACUUGGUGCGCCCACUCCACCAGAAAAUGUAACCAGAGCCCUUGAAAAGGCAAACGCCCCCAAGAAGCCCAGAGGAGGAUUAAAACUCAGCACAGCCUCAAGCUCAUCGGACCAGGAGAAUACAUGGACUCGAAGUCAGCUAUCGCUGUUGGAGUAGGAGCAGGAGCAGGAGCGCUGCUUGCUGCCGUCGGGGUCCCUGUUGUUCUGGGAGUCAUAGGUUUCACCUCAGCUGGAAUAGCAGCAGGUUCAUAUGCUGCUGGGAUGAUGUCAACAGCUGCAAUUGCUAAUGGAGGAGGAGUGGCAGCAGGAAGUCUGGUGGCUAUUCUGCAGUCAAUAGGUGCAGCUGGUCUGUCAGGAGCUACCACUGCAGCUGCGUCCACUGUUGGAGCAGCAGUGGGAUGGCUGGUCGGCCUUAUCCGCAAAAAAUCUUAAAGGAAUAUAUGGUUCAGCUGUGAUGCUUUUCCCUUUUUCCAGACAAAGUAGCCAUUUUCCAAUUUUAUCAGCUCACUAAACCCUUUGGAACCUGGGUUGACAUCACUUUUCCGUGCUGCGCUAAGAUGCCUUUCACAAGUACUGAAACCUUUGAA